CUCGCCCGGACGUCGUCGUCAACAGCGAUGGCGCGUGCCGAAGAACCGCUCCCGACGAGCUGGGAGCAGGAUCUGGUGGAUGCUCUGGACCAGGGGGGUUGUGACCUAGAGAUGGUGAGGAACAUCAUUCAGGGCCGUGAGCUGCCAGCUGAUCUCCGCUCUCAAGUCUGGAAGAUUGCUCUGAACGUGGCAGGAAAGGGGGAUAGCUUGGCAUCAUGGGACGGUUGCCUGGACUUGCCACAACAGGAGCUCAUUCACAACAGGUGCCAACAGUUGAUUGAUCAAAUGGAAAUGCCCAAAGAGGAAGGGGUGAGCAUGAUUGUGGAUCUGGAAGCAGUGAUCACGUUUUACUGCAAGUCUCGGAACGUUACCUUCGCUCCCGAGCUGUGCUGGCCGGACCUGUUCAAAGCCCUGCUGGGACUCCAGCUCCUUCCCAGUGACCUCUACAACUGCUUUUACGCCAUUAUGAACAAAUAUGUUCCCAGGGACUGUGUGCAAAAGGGUCGACCGUUCCACCUCUUCAGGCUUCUGCUGCAGUACCACGAACCUGAGCUCUGCUCCUUCCUGGACACCAAAAAGGUCACCCCAGACUCCUACGCCAUAAGCUGGGUGAGCAGCUUGUUCUCCAGCCAUUGCUCUCCAGCUGUGACCCAGGCAAUGUGGGACGUCUACCUGCAGCAGGCCGACCCGUUCCUCAUCUUCUUCCUAAUGCUAGUCAUCCUUGUCAAUGCCAAAGAGAACAUUUUUUCCCAGGAAGCUAACAGCAAGGAGGACAUAAUCAAGAUGCUGCAGGACUCACCUGUCUACCUGGAAGCUGAGGACAUCGAGGAUCUCUUCUCCUUGGCACAAUAUUAUAGCAACAAGACCCCACUAUCCUUUAGGAAGGAGAACCAGAGCUUAUUUGGCAGCAGUCUGGUGGCUCUGAAAGAGGAGGACAUGGACCUUAGCCAAGUGUUGUGCUUACCCGUGUCCGUCCCUGAGCUCCUGCAGGCCAGCCAGCUACAGACGGAAGGGGUGAGGUUCUUUGUGGUAGACUGUCGUCCAGCAGAGCAGUACAACGCCGGACAUCUUUCCACUGCCUUCCAUCUUGACUCUGACCUGAUGCUGCAGAACCCGUCGGAGUUCGCCCUGUCAGUGAAAUCCCUUCUGGAGGCACAGAAGCAGUCCUUGGAAUCGGGUUCCGUUGCCAGUGGGGAGCACCUGUGCUUCAUGGGCAGUGGGCGGGAGGAGGAGGACAUGUACAUGAACAUGGUGCUUGCUCACUUCCUGCAGAAAAACAAGGAAUAUGUCAGCAUUGCAAAAGGUGGUUUCAUGGCGCUGCAGCAGCACCUAGCUGACGUUAAUGUCGACGGUCUGGAUAGUGGGUAUGUCCACUGGAUCAUCAGCACGUCCGGGACCCAGGGCAACCUCAGCCCUGUCGCUGAGGAUGCUGCCAAUGGAGAAGAUGGUAAAGGAAUGAAAUCUCUAGUGAACAAGAUGACCUUUGCCCUCAAGUCCAAGUCUGUGAACGUGAAGGAAAAAGUUAUCAGCUUCAUUGAGAACACCUCGGCUCCGGUGGACAGAAUAUCUUUCACUCUGCCCUGGCCGGACAAAGGGAUUCUGGAUCGACAUGUGAGCAGCAGUGAUAGGGUAGGGAAGCCCUACAGGGGGGUGAAGCCUGUGUUCAGCAUCGGGGACGAGGAAGAGUACGACACAGAUGAGAUCGACAGCUCGUCUGUGUCUGACGACGACCGCCGGGAGGUUGUCAACAUUCAGACCUGGAUCAGCAAGCCAGACGUGAAGUACCAUGUGUCCUGCAAUGAAGUUAAGGAAACCGGACACAUGUUUCCCAGCCAUCUCCUGGCUACGGCCACACACAUGUACUGCCUGCGGGAGAUUGCCUCACGCAAGGGCUUUGCGUACAUCCAGUCUAGACAGGCUCUCACCUCAGUGGUGAAGAUCACCUCCAAAAAGAAGCAUCCUGAGCUUAUCACCUUUAAGUUCAGCAGUAACAACACAGAGGGUGUGGAGGUCCAGGCAACAGAGAGGUAUCUGAUACCCAACGCGGGCGAGGCCACCAAAGCCAUUAAGCAGCAAAUCAUGAAGGUGCUGGACGCCCUGGAGAACUCCUAGUGUGCGAAAAGGUUGCCCUGUUGCUGAUAUCUGGAUCUGCAGGAAGGGAGAGUAUCUGUAUGUCCCUCCUCCUUCUCCCUUGGAUAGGCAGCCUAGUGUGGAUCGUAACCCCAGCAAUCUGCAGGAGGGGAUCCCAGUGCUAACCCUGUGCACAUGUGCUGCUUUUGGGUUGUGUGCAAGACACCAGACCAAUUCUCAUCCUUCUCCAUCACAUUUUUCUAUACAGUAACUGGCACAUUAUUACUGUCCAGCUUAACUUUUUUUUUUCCCCUACCUUGACCAUUAACAUGAACAGGUGUAAUAGUUCCUGAGCAGUUAUCAGAAGAAGCAAGGGUUGAUUCGCAAGGCUUGGAAACAGGAGGAUCAGUAAUUGCCCAGUUGCUUUGAACUGUUACCACUGGGUAUGAUAGGCCGGUUGCUGUCAGAAGCUGAGCUGUGGACCUGACUGGUUACUAUGAAUCGGACCAGUAUUGCAGAGACUAGUGUUGAUAGAGCCUAGUCCCUUCCACCAAAGUGUUUAUGUUGGGACCAUGGACCGAGCAGUGGUGGUGUUACUGUUGCGUGGCCACAGGCUUAAGUGGAGUAGCGUACAAUGCCUUGAAAAGGUGUUUAUGGUGCUGACUUUGCGUUACUGGAAGGAACAUCUUUUGAGAGAUCUGUAGUGAGAAGCUCAUUUAAAGGAUGCUGUAAUUUUGCCACAGCAUUGUUUAAGUAUAAACCAAGAUUCUGCACACUUUGCUCUUAGCUGGUUAAAACUCAGCUUAAUCUCAUAUUUAAUGCAGUUUAUAUUUUGAUACUUGCCCCUGAGAUUUCUUUUCAGCAUAUGGCCUUAACAGUAUUGUACUUUUUAAAUAUGUAGGGUGUAAGCCACAAACUUGUAAUGCUAUAAAUAGCAUAUACUAUUUUAUGACUGCAUUUGGAGGCCAUCAUGGUGUUUACUGAUCUGUAUAUAACCUGCAGUUCUGGUGUAAGAAAAAGCACAGUUUGUACUUUUUUCAGGCAUCUGUAUUUUCCCAUUUUCAGAAAACUCUGUUGCUUUUAUGGCACAGUAUAGGUGGUAAUUACCAGUUUCC